AUCACUAAUUAGAACGAGCCUAGAACGUGCAUGAAAAUAGGAGAAUAAGGCAAGUGAGGCCGUUGAAAGCAUUGCUUACCGUUGGACUCAGUAAACACAACCAACACCAGUACUGGAAGAAAGGCGACGAAGAUGGCGUUUAGACGGCUAGCAUCAUUUUAUGUUUUCAUCAUCCCGGUCACCCUGGUUGUGGGCAAAGGUUUUGUGGAGGAGGUGAGGCAAAACUUUGAGGAGAAAACCAACUCCGACCUCGUGAUUCAGGUGGCAGCGUUCCAGCGAGCCUCUCUGGCGUACAUGGCUUACGCUUCGUAUUUCCAUCGAGGGGAUGUCCACUUGCCUGGCUUCCGGAAGUUCUUUCUUGCAGCGUCAGAAGACGCCCUGAAGAGUUCAAGGAUCCUCAUCGAAUACGUUAAUGACCGUGGCGGCCAUCUGCAGUUUCCCAUCAUCAAUAUGAAUGAAGCUUGUAAAAUGAUGAAAGUUUCUUCAGAUCUCGCUGACCUGUUUCCACCGAAUUAUACACCUCGAAUAUGCCGCUUUGCCGAAAAGAGGGACCAGUCAUCUUUUCUGAAGGACAAGAAAAAAGAGAAGGACCGGUCUGGACCUGAGGACUGGCAGAGCGGGCUGCUGGCUCUGAAGGAUGCCCUGCUGAUGGAACGUGAACUGAAUCGCCUGCUGUUAAACUUGAGGUCAGAGGCCAAGAACAGGAAUGAUUACCACCUGCAGGAAAAGGUGGAGCAGGAGUUCUUAGGAAAGCAGACGGAACACAUCAAGAAACUGGCCGAUGUCAUUAGAAGACUGGAGCUGUACGAAGAAGCCGACUAUCCACUGGGAGAAUAUGUCACAGAUCUGCACCUUGACAGUUGAGCCACUCACUGGAACUUUGCCGACUUAGGAACUGGGUGGGUUUUGUAAUCAAAUUGUAAAAAUAAAUAAAAAGUGAGAAAGAUUUCCUUUGUGUGGUCGAGUUCAGCUUAGAUUAUUACUAAACCAAAAUUUAUCCCUCGCCCACCUACUGAAACAUUUAUUUUGAUUAUAGAAAGGUCCGCCGCCUCCACAACUUAAAAGCUAGGUGCAGAUGCCACUACUAUGUCUUUCUAACUAAAAUGCGAUGCUGUUAUCGAAUACGGGAAUUAGCAGCAGCAGCCUUUUGUGCUCGAGUCAUUUCUGUGGAAGGUGGGCGGAAGUGCCUUACCACCCUAUUUGCUGUAGUAUUCUUCUAGGCAUUCCGGUUUAGACAUAUCAUCUGGUAAACAUGAGAAUUAAAUCUUUAAGCAAAUAAAGAAUUAAACCGUGGAAAUGCA